UAUCUGGUUUUUCAAACUAUGGAUUGUUUGAUUCUGUGAACUAUGAAUUGUUUGGUCCUAUAAACUAUGAAUUGUCUGGUUCUGCAAACUAUAAGUUGUUUGGUUUUUUAAACUGUGGAUUGUCUGGUCUUGUGAACUAUAGAUUGUUUGGUUCUGCAAGUUAUAAAUUAUCUGGUUCUAUAAAUAUUGAGUUGUCUGGUUAUACAGAUAUUGAGUUGUCUGGUCAUAUGGAUAUUGAUUCUAUGAAUUUGGAAUUGUCUGGUCCUAUAAAUUUGGAGUUGCCUGGUCUUAUGAAUUUGGAGUUGUCUGGUCCUACAAAUUUGAAAUUGCCUGGUUUUAUAAAUUUAGAGUUGGAUUCUACAAAUCUGAAGUUGUCUA